GCUGGUAUUCAGAUUUUGUCUGUGAGGAUUACUAUACUAAAUCACGUGUAUAUUAAAGUUAGAUAAAAUUUAAUGUUCUCUAAGUAUUUGCAACAAAGUGUAUUUAUUUAAAAUUACCGGCAUCUAUAUCUCUUAGAUGACAUCUGGAAUUAGUAGGAGAGAAACGGCCGAAAACUUUGUAUUAGAAUUAAUAUGCAGAAUUUAAACCAUUAAACGACUAGUUAAACGAAAUUAAGAAAAAUGUAUGGAACACAAAAAAAAAUUAUAAUUCGCCUUUUAUUCUGGAAGACGCUAUUAAACGUCUGUUCCGCAGAAAUCGUAAAAAGAUCGCCUCUUGAACUUGGCUUUGUGACGUUUCCUGAAGUUGAGAAGUCGAGAUUUGUUUUAUUUAAUAUGACUAAAGUAGAGGAAGUAAAGUCACCAGAAAAAGAAUUUCACGGUCUAUCCACAAAAUCGCCGAUAAUCACUCACAGCACUGAAUGGAUACAGGGUUAUAUUAAAAACCAUGCUUUUAUACCAGCCCAUAUUCACCAUAUAUUCAUACCCUUCGUGAUAUCGGUGAAACACCAUGCAUCCUAUAAUGAGCACAUAUAUCCAGAGAUCAUAGGAGGAUAUGGAAUAGGUCAACAAUCCGGUGGGCAAGGAGCAGGGCAUGGCUUUCAAAUAUUAUUUAAUUGA